AUUUAGUAGAUCUAGGGCAGAGCCCGCACAACAAUAUUUUGAUCUGGAGACACGUCUUCAUUCGUUAUGAGUUACCAUGGCAGAGAAAAUCAAGUAUACCCAGAAGAUCCAAACCACUGUAUCUUGCUCCAUCAUCCACAGUCUCAACAGAAAUAAUAUCGACAUUCCAACCCCAGCUCCUCCUGCCUGUAAAUCAAACCCCCCAAGUGCCAAAGUUGUAUUCAGCAAUCCACCAUUUGUGUAUACUGGCAGCGGCGCGUUUGCUAGUGGGGCACUUGAAGAGAAAAUCAAUGAAAUCCUUAAAUUCAGCUUACAACAACAGAGGGAUGAUGAAAUCGCAGACAGCAAUGGUUUUGUUACUAUUGUUUUACAUAGAUGCUUUACUGCAAUAGGUAUUGAGACUAGAAUAGUUUAUGGGGAGAGGAAAAUAGACGUGAAGAAAAGCUGGCCCCAUGUUUGGCUUUGUAUCAAGGAUUCUGUCAUAGAUAAUGCAAAUAUUAACAACCUAGAGGAGAGUAACAUAGUAUACAUGCAGACAAAUAUAGAAGAGUGUUAUAAAGAGUGCGAGUUGGAUACAACUAGCCAGCAGUCUGGUAGACUAAUAAAUGUGAAACAGCAAAUUAAACUUUUUGUCCAAGAGUCUGACAUGGCUCUUGCUCUCAGCCUAAACCACGAACACUAUUAUAAUUAUUAUUUUGCUAUGAUACGACAUAUGUAUGAUGAAUAUAAGGUAUCAAUUAUAGGUAUAGACCCUAAUGUUAGAUAUAUAUGUUGGGGUUGUAGGAAGUAUCCAAGACAAGGAGUUGGUUUCGUGUCUGAUAUUUUAAAAGGAGACGUUCCAUUGGAGGAUACGAAUCAUAUGACUAGCUGGAGGUUUCUAAACUGUAGCAGGUGUAUGGUUGCUAGUUUUUGUAGUCACGAAUGCCAAGAUAAAAAUUGGAAGGAGGCACAUCGAUUUACAUGCCUACCCCGUGGUUCUGUGUGUCUACCUCCUCACCUCGCAGGGAUUUAAUCUCCGUACAAUAAUCAAAUAUUAUAAUUUUAGCUUUAAUAACUCUUGAAUGGUUAAUUUUUGUAAUUGCAGUAAUAAAAUAUCUUAGUCAAAACUUUCAUUCAAUAGGGUGAUGUUUUAAUGUUGUAUUCUUGUGUUGCUUCAAAAUUAA